AUGAGGGCCGCAGAGCGCUUACCGCCCAGCCGCGAAGGGAAGCUCUCCGCCCAGACUCGCUCUCCGAAUGACGGGGUCCCUGAAGCUCCCGAUCAGGUUCCCGCGUCUCCGUCCCAGUCAGCCGGGCCCAACAGGCUUUCCACCCCGGACCAUCCCUUUGCUGCAAAUCCCUCUCCCCAGAGCCCCUCCACUGCAGGUCGUCCGCACAGCCUCAGGCACGGUGCUGCUCGUGGGACCCGAAGCUCGACCCGGAAGGACCUUCAUUCCGCCUUCGAAUGGGAAGCGCUGAACAUCCAGAAGACUAGGACCUCGGCGGCCUUUGCAACCCCGGCUGAAUCCAGUAAUUGUCUACCCAGGAAGGCGACGGUGGCGGCGGCUGCGACUGCUGCUGUUGUUGUUGCUGCAGAUCCGAGUUUGACUCCAAAGGAAAUGUCCCGGAAUCGGCCUAGAGGUCCUCCAGUCCCUAGGGACAAUGGCCUGGCGGCCAAUGAGGAGACUGACAUGUGGAACAAAAUCCUCCAGGACUUGCGCAAGGCAAAGGAGAAGAAUGAAAAGCAGAAAGCACUGGCGGAGCAAAUCGCCGCUCUGAAUGAGAAGAUCGGAAGGGAGGGUGGGAAACCGUCCCUCAGCGAGCACAACCAUCUGGAUAGUCUAUAUCGACAAAUGCUGAAACUCUGCGAAGACGAGAGAGCCAUUCUACAGGACGAGCCUAGCGAUGUGAUCAAGAACUUGGGUCUUCUGACGGCGCUUCGACAAGCCUCGGAAGCGGAGGCCCCGCAGAACCGCGCCGCUUCUUUUUCCAAGUCGCGGAAGAAGAGAAAUGAUUUAGAUGGCUCGGCUACGGACUCGCCUGGGCCCUCCAGUAAUGCUUUGCCAGACAAGGUCAGUCGCACUAAAGGAGGCGUUCAACGUAGUACCAGCGUGUCCAGCACUCAGGUCCGUGACGGCCGUGACAUCCGCGACAGUGGUGUGUAUGUUAAGAUAGAAGAAGGAGCAGAAAGUACCAAGGGCACACUCGCCGAACGCAGCGGACACCUGGUGGUGGGGGCGGAAGUAGUUUUCAAACACAACAAGAACAAACAAGGGGUUGAAGGCGAGGGCAUCCAGUGCAUUAUCAAGGGAAUAUCUGGGGACGGAGUGAAGAAACGGUAUGAUGUCCAGGACCCAGAGCCAAACGAGAAUGGUGAACAGGGAGCUGUGUACAAGACCACCGCAGCAUCUCUAAUCCCUAUUCCCCAGAUAGGGUCGACCUUGCCCUCGUUUUCACUGGGGAAGCAGGUGUUGGCGAGGUACCCAGAUACGACCACAUUCUACCGCGCCGAGGUAAUGGGUUCCAGAAAAGACGUAUACCGCCUCAAGUUCGAGGGUGAGGAAGAUGAUAAGGAAAUGGAAGUUGACCGACGCUUCGUACUUGAUAUACCUGGAAAGUGAAGCGAGUCUUGAAUCUCGACGCUAUACCUCGAAAGAUCUACACAGUGCGAUUGCUCGAGGAGAGACAGUGCCAGUGAUAGCGUGGAAGAUACCAGGGGGAAAGGCAAGCAAGACAGGAGCAAGGCAACAAAAAGAAAACCACAAAACAUCAAAAAAGAAAGAAAGAAAGCAGACCGUGAGGUCUUGAUUUGCGCCACGAUCAGUGCACUAUUGAUACCCAUUGAUUGAGCUGGACUAUUUUCGAUUUGGGAGGGGGGUAGGGGUGAAUAUGGAGUUUGGAAUACUUUUAAUUGGUAUAUUUCUUAGAGCAACG